AUGGCAACUGCUUUCUUUAGACAAAAUCCGGCUCUUAUCCCUCUUAUACUAGCUGCCGCAGGUGGUGUUACCGCUGGUAUUACAUAUGCUGGAUACACUUUAGUAAAAAGCCCUGAAGUAGUUAUUAGUAGGUUCGGUCCACAACAACCUUGGAAUAAUAUUAAACAACAUGAAAAUCCAAAGUUGAUCACGAUUAACAAACAAUUCUUUGAAAGUCGUAAAGGAAUAGAAACACCUUCGAAAUCAUUUUGA